GCUCAGCUGGGCCGCGAUCCGAAGAAGGGGUUGCAGCUUGCCUGUGAUCAGACGAGCGCGGCGCGCUACUUCCGUCCACUCUCCACUGCGUGCACCGGGAAAUCAUCGUACUAUGUGUCAGUGGAAAGCGCCGGCAAAUGGUCAGACGAACGUUAACGCGAUACGACAGUCUACAAUCGCGACUUAGCGACCAUAUCAGCAUGUGAUUUUAUCGUUGUGCUUUUCUACGGGAGAUCUGGACCAAUUCCACGAUGAUGACCGCUAAAUUUCGGAGGUCAUGGCGACCUUGUGCGCUUCUCUUCCUCAUCAACGUUCUCAAACGAUUGUCAUCGGGAGACUGGAGCACCACUCGGAGCUUGUCACUUUCGCGCGCGGAUGUCGCGGACGUUCGCGAUCAGAAUUUAAACGAGACUCUCGCAGGGACGAAGAUUUCACCUGUCACGGACACGACUCGCGGGUAACCGGAAAAUUUUCGCGCCGCACGUUCGAGGUCGACGUCGAGCGGUCACUACGUCGAAACAACAGCUCACUCUUAACGCAACUCGCACCACCUCGAUUACCCUCGGUAGACUACGGUUCGUAUCGUCUUGGCUCGGCUCGCAUACCAUGACGUCACGCGGACAGACGAAAAC